CGACAGCAUCGCGGCCGCAUCCCAUUGCGGCGCCGGGAGUGAGAGUUGUGAUGGUCGCCGCGCCCGCCUCGCUUUCACGGGCUCGCGAGCUGCUGAAGGAGGAGCAUUGUGGCGCCGCCUGCGUCUCUCUCGCGCAGAAGGGCGACUGGGGCCGCUACCUCGCGCUGAUCAAGCAUUCCGGCAGCCGAGUCCACGACGCCAUCGGUGAUGGCGGCUGGCGGACCAUCCACUUUGCCGCGCAGCAGGGCCAGCUCGUCGCCGUCCGAGCGAUCCUCGCGCAGUCGGGUCCAGUCAACGCGACUGACGCCUUUGGCAACACGCCCCUCAUCCUCGCCGCCCACGGGGCGCACUGGGAGACGGUGCACUGCUUGCUCAGUGCGGGGGCACACGCAGGCGCCGCCAGCCACUGGACCGGCUACGGCGCGCUGCACUACGCCGCUCACCACGGCGCAAAGGCGGCAGCGCGGCUGGCGGAUCGCGGCGUUUCGCUGACGGCGGAGGAUGGCGAGGGGAAGACUCCGCAGCAUGUAGCGGCGGAGGCAGGCCACUCCGCACUAGCUUCGAAGCUCGCGCCGCCGCCGCCCUCGCCGCCGCCGCGCCACUCGCCGCCUCCGUCCUCGCCGCCGCCCACGCCGCCGCUGCCGCCCCCGCGCAGCAGCGUGGCGGCCGCGGCAUGGCGCUGCUGGCCGAAGCUCCUCUCCUCCCCGCCCGCCGCCGACCCUGGCACCGCCGACCCCGGCAACGACGGGCGCUUGCCUCCGCAGUU